ACAAGAGAGCAAGAUGGCAGCGGUGCUCGUCUGACGACUAGUGGCACUUAUUUGUGUUUGUUUUUCUGUUGUCGCAGUUCGGGCAGAAAGUCGCAAUAACUGAACGACGCACAUUAGCGCUGCUUUAUUUCUUUAAAAAAACAAAAAAAGUUGAGGUGGCGCGAAGGCCGAGCUCCUCCGUCGUGUGGUCAGCGAUGCAGCUGCGUUCGUGCUGAGGGGCAGCUGGCUAGCUAGCGGUUAGCUCUCCGGCUAGCUACCUAGCUAGCGAGCGACACAACUCGGUCAAAAAUUAAAAGAAGAAGGGCGAUGGAAGAGCUGAGUGCCGACGAGAUCCGGAGACGGCGGCUGGCCCGGCUGGCGGGGGGACAAAGUUCCCAACCCCCGACCCCUCUCAGCACCCCACUGACGUCCCCGCAGAGAGAGACCCCUCCGGGACCCUCCCAUGCACUGGCGCUCAGUGUCAAUGCCGUCACGUUGGCCACCUCCCCUGUCGGGGCUCCAGGGGGGGCGUACCGCAGCCAGAGCAGCGAAGGCGUCAGCUCCCUGUCCAGCUCUCCCUCCAACAGCCUGGAGACCCAUUCGCAGAUCCUCUCUCGCUCCCCAUCCAACAGCCUGGAGACCCACUCCCAGACCCUGUCUCGCUCUCCAUCCAGCAGCCUGGAGACCCACUCCCAGAUUCUGUCCCGGUCUCAGAGCAUGGACAUUGACACGGCCUCUUCUGAGAAGAGUGCAUCUCAGGUCGAUGUGGACUCAGGGAUAGAGAACAUGGAGGUGGAGGAUGGCGAUCGCAGGGACAAGAGGAACCUGGCAGACAAGGACCCGUCCUCCAGCUCUGCUCCUGAGGUGAGUGGAGAGCAGGCCCUGCAGCUCAUCAGCAGGAUCCUGCGUGUGUCCUGGAAGGAACAGGGCCGUGAUGUCAUCUUCCUACCGUCACUGGCUACCCAGUUCCGCCACAGCCCCAAGGACGUGUACUCGGACUUCAAGGAUUUGAUUGGCCAGAUUCUCAUGGAAGUCCUCCUGGUCUCCACUCAGACACGGGUUGACAGUCCAGUUGCGAGUCUGACUGCCACAUCCCAGCCGAUUGCGGCUUCUAAAUCUCCGAACCGCCACCUGUCCCUUGUCCCUCCUUCCAGCCAGGGAAGCAGCCCAAUGCUGUCAGCUCCGGGUUCGCUUGGGCCCAGCUCUCUGUCCAGUCUGGCUACGUGUGGGGGACCUGGCUCAGGGUCCGACGGCAGCAGUGACCGCUUCACCAUCGAGACGUGCAAGGAGACCGAGAUGCUCAAUUACCUCAUUGAGCGCUUUGACAGCGUGGGCAUGGAGGAGAGGAAGGCGCCCAAGAUGUGUAGCCAGCCGUGUGUAAGCCAGCUACUGAGCAACCUGCGGUCACAGUGCAUCUCCCACAGCGUGCUGGUGCUCCUGGGGACCCUCACCCAGCCCAGGCCUCCACUGCAGCCGUCCCUGCUCGUUCCCUACAUGCUGUGCCGGAACCUUCCGUAUGGCUUCAUCCAAGAGCUGGUUCGCUCCACCCACCAGGAAGCGGAGCUGUUCAAGCAGAUCUUGACUCCUGUCCUUCUGGGGUUGCGCAUGGCGGUGAAAGAGUGCUCCUUCGACACAGACAACUUCAAAUACCCACUCAUGGCUUUAGCCGAGCUCUGUGAAAUAAAGUUUGGGAAAAUGCAUCCUGUGUGCAGUCUGAUCACCUCCAUGCCUCUGUGGUGUCCUGAUGCCCUGAGUCCAGCGGUGGGGCGGGAGGUGCAGUCGCUGUCCUACCUAGGCGCGUUCUUCAGCCUGUCCGUCUUCUCUGAGGAUGAUCCCAGAGUGGGAGACAAGUACUUCUCAGGGCCAGCCAUCACAAUGGAGAACACGCGUGUGGUCAGCCAGUCUCUGCAGCACUACCUGGAGUCCGCUCGGGGAGACCUUUUCAAGAUCGUCCACAGCAUCUUGCUGAACGGGGAGACGCGAGAGGCUGCGCUCAGCUACAUGGCUGCUGUGGUGAACCGCAACACCAGAAAAGCUCAGAUGCAGACAGAUGACAAGCUGGUGUCCACGGAUGGCUUCAUGCUGAACUUCCUCUGGGUCCUGCAGCAGCUGAGCAUGAAGAUCAAGCUGGAGACGGUAGACCCGUCCUACAUCUUCCACCCGCGGUGUCGACUGAGCAUGCCCAUGGAGGAGACGCGACUGAAGACCUCCAUGGAGGAGCUGAAAGCCUGGCUGGCUGAGCUGCAUGACAGUCCGUCCAAGUUCCCAGAUCCCAAGUUCCCCACAGAGUGUUUCUUCCUCACGUUGCACACACACCACCUGUCGGUUCUGCCAGCCUGUCGCCGCUACAUCCGCCGCCUGCGGGCCAUCCGAGAGCUCAACAGGACGGUGGAGGACUUGAGGAGCAGCGAGAGCCAAUGGAAGGAGUCCCCUCUAGCUCGGCGACACCGUGAGAUGCUGAAGAGGUGCAAGACCCAGCUGAAGAAACUGCUCCGUGCCAAAGCCUGCGCAGAUGCUGGACUCCUGGACGAAAACCUGCUGCGCAGGUGUCUGCAGUUCUACAGCAUGCUCAUCCAGCUGCUGCUGCGCAUUGUGGACCCCGCCUACCCAAAUGUCACUCUGCCGCUGAACACAGAAGUGUCCAGGAACUUUGCAGCACUGCCAGAGUUCUACAUCGAGGAUGUGGCUGAGUUCCUGCUCUUCGUUGUGCAGUAUUCCCCCCAAGUUCUGUACGAGCCCUGCACUCAGGACGUGGCGACCUUCCUCGUCGUAUUCACCUGCAGCCAGAGCUACAUCCGCAACCCAUACCUGAUGGCCAAGCUGGUGGAGGUGCUGUUUGUCAGCAGCCCGUCGGUGCAGCCGCGCACGCAGCGCUUUGCUGAGAUGGUGGAGAACCACCCGCUGGCUGUGAAGCAGCUCGUUCCUGCCCUCAUGAAGUUCUACGCAGAUGUGGAGCACACAGGCGCCACCAACGAGUUCUAUGACAAGUUCACCAUCCGCUACCACAUCAGCACUAUCUUCAAGAGUCUGUGGCAGAACGCAGGUCACCACGGUACCUUCCUGGAGGAAUUCAACUCUGGCAAGCAGUUUGUGCGCUACAUCAACAUGCUGAUCAACGACACCACGUUCCUUCUCGACGAGAGCCUGGAGUCGCUCAAGCGCAUCCACGAGGUGCAGGAGGAGAUGAAGAACAAGGAGCUGUGGGAGCAGAUGCCCAGGGAGCAGCAGCAGAGCAGGCAGUCCCAGCUCACACAGGACGAGCGCGUCUGUCGCUCUUACCUGGCGCUGGCCACCGAGACCGUGGAGAUGUUCCACCUGCUCACCAAGCAGGUCCAGAAGCCGUUCCUGCGCCCAGAGCUGGGCCCCCGGCUGGCUGCCAUGCUCAACUUCAACCUCCAGCAGCUGUGUGGCCCCAAGUGCCGCGACCUGAAGGUGGAGAACCCAGAGAAGUACGGCUUCGAGCCCAAGAAGCUGCUGGACCAGCUCACCGACAUCUACCUGCAGCUGGACUGCGCGCGGUUCGCCAAGGCCAUCGCCGAUGACCAGCGCUCCUACAGCAGGGAGCUCUUCGAAGAGGUCAUCUCCAAGAUGCGGAAAGCUGGCAUCAAGUCCACCAUCGCCGUGGAGAAGUUCAAAUUGCUGUCAGAGAAGGUGGAGGAAAUUGUCGCCAAGAACUCACAGUCAGAGAUGGACUACAGUGAUGCGCCUGACGAGUUCAAAGACCCGUUGAUGGACACUCUGAUGAGCGACCCCGUACAGUUGCCCUCUGGCCACAUCAUGGACCGCUCGGUGAUUCUGCGCCACCUGCUCAACUCCCCCACGGACCCGUUUAACAGACAACCACUGACCGAGAGCAUGCUGGAGUCAGUUCCUGAGCUGAAGCUGCGGAUCCAGGCGUGGAUGCGGGAGAAGCAGGGGGGCCGAGUUCCGUAGCGGCUGCCCCCCACCCACACACUCCCGACCGUCACGGCACUCGCCUCUCGAGGACUCGGCAUCGUCAGGGAAGACGACCAGACGCAGACCCCUCCUUCCAUUGUUUAAGGUCUUAACGGCUAUUCGUUCCACUCUGUCCCCUGUAGUAAUCUGCUCCCGGUUUUGUACGUACCGGUGCUGUGCUCGUACCUUGAGAUGAAGUAAUGUAUGCGGAGGGGCGGGGCUCAGUUGAACGCCACUGUUUCUCUUCUACUUCCUGUACCUGCACAAGGCCCCGUCUCUUCACUCAGGAGACCUGGAUGAGGUCAGAGCAGCUUCUGUGACUAUUCUUUUCUCUCCUCCUUUCUUACCCUGGCAAGUGUGUGAAGUCGCCGUGGAGUCAGUCGCCUCUGACUUGACUGCUUCUGCUCAACCGUAGCGCGAACGAGGCCGGUGGGCAGGGCAGCUCCGCCACAUGGUGCCACUAGGAACAGGCAGCGAUGCCACUGGAGCUGCGUCCUGCCCUGACCGGUCGAAGCUGCAGCUUUAAAAACCCACGCUAGAACGUCUCGUGGGAAGAAAUAUAAAAAAACCAGCAAAGGUUUGAUCAUUUGUGAAGGAAGUACCUGUUGAUGAAUGGAAAAAAGAGAUGUGAAAUCCUUUGCAUUUCGUUUAGAAGAGUCUCCUGUGUAGUGUGCAUGGCGUGGCCCCUCUCAGAGCUCUGUCGGGACCGGGGCUCCCUGCGUCGGAGAACGGUGGGACUCGUCGCAUGAACACCCAAAAGUAUCGCACCCGAGACCCCCCCCCUCGGUGGACUUGUGAAUUAUGAAUAAACAGUUUGUAUUAUUUAAAAGGGACGCUGUACAGGAAUGUGUGUUGUUGCCAUGGAGUUGUGUUGGAAUCCAGGACUUUUCGUUAUAAUAAACGGUGAUGCAAACGCC